CACCACUUUGCCUUUCCAGCUCUUCUCCUCCCCUUCUUCUUCCUCCUUUACUCGGUCUGCCCUUCUCGCAAAUGUCGAUUACUCCUCCACCAAUGCUAUCUUCGUUUCAGCCCCCUUCCUCGUGAAGCUGAGUUAUCGCCUCGAGGACCUCUGUGCCUCGCUUGAUCCACUGCCUCCGACCGCCUCGUCAUUGUCACGUCUCAUUCUCCCUCCCCUCCUAAAAAGCCCUUCUCUCCUCCCACCCCCAAGCGACCCCCCUAGGAGUCUUCGUUCGUGCUAUCGUCCUGUAACGGUCAGCCUGAUCCUGUCAGGCAGGUCCUGUCAGGCCUCGAGACUACCCCUUCUGCUUGCUCGCCAAGUCCUUCUUCGCAUUUCCCGCCGACAAUCGGUCGUGAUUACACUUUCUCCUCUUCUCCACGUCUAGUACUGUUCGUGUGACGGACAGGAAUCCUCCGUCCACAAUGUCCACGCCUUCCACGGCCACUGCAACCCAUCCUACUACUCACCAGCACUACGGCUAUCCCCAUUCCUCAUACCAAGCCACGACCACGUACCCAACCCCGACGACCGCCGCAGGGGCUCGCCUCGCAAACCCCUACACCUAUUCCAUUCCUUCGCCGACAACAACCACUCUUCCCUACGCACAACCCUCGCGAGUCGCUCCAACGACAUCGACCCCUUCGGUCAUGGCGUCGCAUCCGAGCGGCUCCAGUGCGGCCCCAUCACAAGGUGGUCGGAGAAAGAAGCCGGACUGGGGAGAAUUCUACAAGAAUGGCAUCCCCAAGGAGGUCAUUGUGAUUGAUGAUAGUCCGGCCCCAGAGGCUCCCAAGACGGCAGCACCUCCUCCACCGCCGCAUGGUGUCGCUUCCUCCACUGGCCAACCUCCAGUGGCACAACCAGCGGGUAAAAGGCGCCGCACGGGAAUCGAGACCGCGUACGACCUGGGAUACUACGACCGACCGUCCUUUUCCAUCAAUCCCCAACAAUACGGCGAGGAAUCCUCCGCGCACUCCUUGUCCACUGACCGGACGACGUCUCUGCACACCACGGCUCCGACCUCCCUCGGGUCGCAAGGGAGUUCGGGAGCCAGCAACGGUGUAUACUAUGAAGACGCCACGGUGGGCCAAAAGCGCAAGCGGACCACCCGGAAAUCGACUCGCGAUGAACAGAAACGUCGAGAGCUGGAGAACGCGCCAGAGGCGUUUCCCAGCUAUGUUCCUCCCUCGAAGCCCAUCAUCAAGGCCAAGGAUGUUCCUGUGCCUGUGAUUCGCGAUUUCACGAGUGGUCGCCAUGAAAAGUUCGACGAUGAUGAUGGCCACUACAUUGUGACUCCCGACACGCCUCUGACAGAACGAUACUCCAUCAUCAAACUUCUCGGUCAGGGCACUUUUGGCAAGGUUGUGGAAGCAUUUGAUAAGCAGCGAAAGGCUCGCUGCGCCGUCAAGAUCAUUCGAUCCAUUCAAAAGUACCGAGAUGCAUCGCGCAUUGAGUUACGCGUCUUGUCUACCCUGGCCUCGAACGACAAGGCCAACCGCAACAAGUGCAUCCACCUUCGGGAUUGUUUCGAUUUCCGGAACCACAUCUGCAUCGUGACCGAUUUGCUAGGGCAGAGCGUGUUUGAUUUCCUGAAGGGUAACGGGUUUGUGCCUUUUCCCAGCAGUCAAAUCCAGAACUUUGCGCGACAACUGUUUACGAGUGUGGCCUUCCUCCACGACCUAAACCUCAUCCAUACCGACCUCAAACCCGAAAACAUUCUCCUUGUCAGCAGCAACUACCAGACCUUUACCUAUAACCGCACCAUCCCCUCCUCCUCUCACGCAAACCCCCGCAAUGCACGCCAGCGACGGGUGCUUCUCGACAGCGAGAUUCGUCUUAUUGACUUUGGUUCUGCCACAUUUGAUGAUGAAUAUCACUCUUCUGUCGUGUCCACCCGCCACUAUCGGGCACCCGAGAUCAUAUUGAAUCUCGGCUGGAGUUUCCCCUGUGAUAUAUGGAGUAUUGGGUGUAUCCUGGUUGAGUUCUUUACCGGUGAUGCUCUCUUCCAGACUCACGACAAUCUCGAGCAUUUGGCAAUGAUGGAGGCAGUCAUUGGUACUCGCAUUGAUUCACGUCUUGUUCGUCAGGUGGUGCAGGGCCGUGCUGGUAAUCACAAUUCAGCCGCCAAGUACUUUAACAGGAACAAGCUGGACUAUCCCAACAACGAAACUACCCGGGCGUCACGCAAGUAUGUUCGUCUCAUGAAGGCGCUUACUGAGUUCAUCCCAACCAAUACCCCCUUCAACCGUUCGUUCCUGGAUCUCCUACAAAAGAUCUUCGUCUACGAUCCCAAGCAGCGAAUCACUGCCAAGCAAGCCUUGAAGCAUCCCUGGUUCAAGGAAAGUCUUAUCGACGACGGCACUGAGGCUUACCGCAUCGGCAUGGGCCUUCAUCGCCAGGCUGGGGCCAGGUAAAGCGGCCACUCAUUAUUUUUUCUCAUGGGUGUCUCUUUAACUCUCAUCUCCCCCCGUAUAUGGCGUCACUGGGUUUGUGGAUAGACGGUUGUCUUUUCAAGGGGUAAUUAUUAUCAACACAUGGAUGGGAUGGAUUGGUGUUUUCGUUCACAUUGACUGGCAAAAUGAUGAUAAUGAUGUGUACUGGGUUUCUUCUAUCUGUCUCCUGCGUCUUUCUCGGCCUGGCAUGUCUCCGGUGACUUCACUGCGAUCUUUUUCUGGCUGGCAUGACGAUUAUGAAUCUCUGUAUCCCCGGGAGGACCAUGACCCGAGCAACGAAAGCCACCGAGGCCCCGCACCAGCUGGAGCGACAGGAUCUCCGCAAUGUGUCUCUCCUCGCAUGUUUCCCCGAUGGCGGCAUCUCACACGAUGCGGAAUGGAUCGUGAUAUCUUAUGGGUUUUAUCUUUUAGUUAUUCUUCUUGCCAUUCCUUUCGGCGCUGGUGAUUGGUUUAUAUUCUAAAGGCUUCUGCGCUGUUGCAUCUGCUGCGCGAUGUUUCUUUUCUUCUGGUUUUUUUUUUAUCUUUUGAGUAUAUUCAUGGGGGUUGUUGGACUUUUAGGCUGUGAUUGUGAUUGUGAUUGUGAUUCUUAUACCAUGAGGUCGGGGUAUUAUAGGCGUCCAUGUGGGAGUAUAGGGGAUGUACAUAGGCAUUGGCCGGUCCUAUGACCCGACUCCAUUGAUCCUUUGACUGUUUUGCUGUUUGGGGUCUCUUGAAAUUGGAGAUUCUAGCCCUCUUGCCAGAAACUGGUGUAGAUGUCUGGCUGGUAGAUGUAUAUCAAUCACUACCUUGAUUCAAAGAUAUAGUCUCC